AUGGGUUUCAACGAUCCUUCGUUAAACUCAAUCAUCCUUUGGUUCGCCGCCGUAACGUCUCUCUUGACAAUCUCCGUUAUCUUCAUCCUCCUCGUUCUUUGUUUGCUCAAACGCCGUAGGUUUGAUGUAUCACCGGAAACAGAAGACGACCACCGCCGCCAAAGAGAGACACCGUGCCAAGGGCUUAGCGCUUCCGUGAUUGCCGCCUUUCCUACCUUUUCUUACAAAGCGGAUAGUAACGAUCCCGAGAGCAAGAAUCAGGAGAUAGAGUGUCCUGUUUGCUUAGGGUUAAUCCCCAAGAAUGUCGUGAUCAAGGUUUUACCAAAUUGUAUGCACAUGUUUGAUGAAGAAUGUAUAGGUAGGUGGCUUGAAUCGCACGCAACUUGUCCUGUGUGUCGUAGAAUGGCUCAGCCGAUGGCUACCACUACGGAUAAGGUCUUAGAAAGUAUAGUAUAG